GGAUCAACAACAACGAGUCAGCCACUUUGGUAGCCAACAGCCGAAACAUUUAGACUGUUUUUGUGCAUAUUUGCCUCUAUGUUUUAAAUAUACUUCUGACAUCUAGUUAAUAGACACCAUUUCAAUGGAAUAACGUUAGGUACAUUGUUAGUCAACUAGCUGGCUUGAUAAGUUAGCCUAGCACUAAACUAGUCGCUCAUGCUAACUAGCUAGCUAGCUCGCCUGCUAAAGAAGAGGAGGUCUGUUGGACGGAGAAAGAAGCUCUGUGGCUGAACAUUGUAGUGAAAGAGGAGAAGGAAGAGGAGGAUGUUACAGUAAAACAAGAAGUAGAGGGUGAGGCUGUUACAGUGAAAGAAGAAGAGAAAGACGUUACAGUGAAAGAAGAGGAAGAGGCGUUCAGUGAAAGAGGAGGAGGAUGUUACAGUAAAAGAAGAGGAGGAUGAGAAAGAGGAUGAUGCAGUUUUUGCAUUUAGUCCUGAAUGCUGAUUGGCUGACAGCCGUGGUAUAUCAGGCCGUAUACCAUGGGAGAGAGACCAGACUCUGACAGCAGGAAGAGUUCCUCAGAGGAAACAGACCCGGAGACGCCUAACCAACACCACUGUUCCCAGUGUGGAAAGAGUUUUAGGUGUUUAGGGAGCCUGAAAAUGCAUGAGAGAAUACAUACAGGAGAAAAGCCCUACCAUUGUUCCCACUGUGGAAAGAAUUUUACUCAGUUAGGGGCCCUGGUUGGGCAUGAGAGAACACACAUGGGAGAGAAGCCUUAUCACUGUUCCCACUGUGGAAAGAGUUUUAGGUGGUUAUGGGUCCUUAAAAAGCAUGAGAGAAUACACACUGGAGAGAAGCCUUAUCACUGUUCUCACAGUGGAAACAGUUUUAGGUGGUUAGUGAGCCUGAAAACACAUGAGAGAAUACACACAGGAGAGAAAUCUUAUAGCUGUGAUCAAUGUGGGAAGAGUUUUACCUCAUCCAGUAAUCUGACUCUACACCAGAGAACACACACAGCAGAGAAACCUUAUAUCUGUGAUCAAUGUGGGAAGAGUUUUGUUCGAUCUGACCAGCUGACAUUACACCAGAGAACACACACAGGAGAGAAACCGUAUAUCUGUGAUCAAUGUGGGAAGAGUUUUGUUCAAUCUGGCCAGCUGACAUUACACCAGAGAACACACACAGGAGAGAAACCUUAUAUCUGUGAUCAAUGUGGGAAGAGUUUUGUUCAAUCUGGCCAGCUGACAUUACACCAGAGAACACACACAGGAGAGAAACUUUAUAGCUGUGGUCAAUGUGGGAAGAGUUUUGCCUCAUCUAGCAAUCUGACUCUACACCAGAGAACACACACAGGAGAGAAACCUUAUAGCUGUGUUCAAUGUGGCAAGAGUUUUGGUCAAUAUAGCUAUCUGACAGUGCACCAGAGAAUACACACAGGAGAGAAUUCUUAUAUCUGUGUUCAAUGUGGGAAGAGUUUUACUACAUCUAGCUAUCUGACGCUACACCAGAGAACACACACAGGAGAGAAACCUUAUACUUGUGAUCAAUGUGGGAAGAGUUUUUCUACAUCUAGCUAUCUGACAGUGCACCAGAGAAUACACACAGGAGAGAAAUCUUAUAUCUGUGUUCAAUGUGGGAAGAGUUUUACUACAUCAAGAGAUCUGACUCUACACCAGAGAACACACACAGGAGAGAAACCUUUCAGCUGUGCUCAAUGUGGGAAGAGUUUUGUUCGAUCUGGCCAGCUGACAAUACACCAGAGAACACACACAGGAGAGAAACCUUAUAGCUGUGGUCAAUGUGGGAAGAGUUUUGGUCAAUCUGGAGAUCUGACAGUGCACCAGAGAACACACACAGGAGAGAAACCUUACAGCUGUGGUCAAUGUGGGAAGAGUUUUGUUGGAUCUGGCCUGCUGACUAUACACCAGAGAACACACACAGGAGAGAAACCCUAUUGCUGUAGUCAAUGUGGGAAGAGUUUUACUACAUCUAGUAUUCUGACUCGACACCAGAGAACACACACAGGAGAGAAAUCUUAUAGCUGUGAUCAAUGUGGGAAGAGUUUUACUACAUCUAGUAUUCUGACUCGACACCAGAGAACACACACAGGAGAGAAAUCUUAUAGCUGUGGUCAAUGUGGGAAGAGUUUUGCUGCAUCUAGCAAUCUGACUGUACACCAGAGAACACACACAGGAGAUAAAGUUAUAGCUGUGAUCAAUGUGGGAAGAGUUUUGUUCAGUCUGGCCAGCUGACAAGACACCAGAGAACACACACAGGAGAGAAAUCUCAUAGCUGUGACCAGAGAUAAUCUGAUAAAAGAUCUCUGAUCAAAUAUCAGAAAAUACAUGAAGGAGUUGUUUCAUGAUGUCAACGAAUUAAUGUCACAACGUAGAAUGUUUUAACAUUGUAGUGGGAGUAUUUUAAAGAUGUCACAAUGUAGAACCCUAAAUAUUUGCUCCCUGUUCUAUUAAUUUCAACAUGAUAUGAAUAUUAGCCUCAGGGGUAAAAUACAGGCUCUGAUUUGGAAGAGUUACUAAUUAUGUGAUUUAACAAAAAUUGACAAAAAAGAGUUGUGUUACUGUUACCACGUUGAUGACCCACUUGAAUCAAAAUGCAACACUUCAAAAUGUAACUAGCUGUUUUCUACAAGUAGUCCUCUAACCAGUGAUGUACACAUUAUUCCCAGAUUCCGUGUGGUU